AUGGCGCAUAUUAUGAUCUUCUUUUUUAGCUUGGAAUACGACGGUCUGGUCGGUGUCCUCGGUGGUGCGCGAAACAAACGAUCUCUCGAUCUUUCCUUCAUGCCAGCGAACUGCACGAUGUUUGCAGUCGCCGCGGAGCAUUACAAAGUCGCCGACGCUUUAGUGUACAGGUCGACAUUAGAGACCAUGCAGCAUGUGUUGGACUACAAGUCGGAAUGCGCGAUUCGUCCUCGGAUCUCAGCGAUUUUCGGCCUGCACCGCGUCAAUGAUGCGUUCAAUUAUCACGCGACGGUGCCGAGCGGGAAGGUAUUGAUCGACAUGAAGGAUCGUGAUCGGCUGACUCUGUGCGAGCCUUAG